AUGAGCCGACGGAGGAAAAUCGGAUGUUUGUCCAGAGCUUUUAAAGUAUUAGCCUCCGUCACAGCAAUUUUGGCAUGGACUGGCUGCUUAGUUGAAAAUGUUGAUGGAAGCAAAGGUAGACCGCCUCAGCACGAACAGCUCGGAGAUAACGAAGGGUUAGGCAGUUUCCAGACUAAAGCGGAAGAUGCGGAGGUUUCCGUGGAGGCCGAGUCUUUUCCGUUACAGAAGGCUGUGGAUUCAAGCUGUGAUAUCUUUUAUAUCAUAGUGAGCACAAUAGAUGGAAAAGUAUCAGCUUUAGAUCUACAGAAAAAAGGUUCAUUGGCCUGGUCAGUGGAGGCAGAUACUAGACCCUUGUACUCAUCAAGCUUGGCAAACAUGGAGGUUAUACGGAAUGGUAAGAAGAUGAGGCUGAUUCCUUCAUUGGAUGGGGCACUUUACCAGUUUGAUGGUGAGAAGGUGGAAGCCAUCCCAGUAUCUGCGGAGUCAUUGCUGUCAUCAACUUACAAACUUGGUGAUGACUCAAUGAUAGUUGGCAGUAAAGAUCUCAGGAACUUUGGAGUCAAUUUAUUAACAGGAGAGGUUCAGUUCACUUGUGGAAGUGAAGGUUGCAGCAAUUACGAUGGCAGAACUGAGAAUGAGCCUCUUGAUGGUAGCAGUACCAUUGUAUUGACACGGAGUACCCAGGUUGUCCGAUCUGUCGAUGUAAAGAAUGGACAAGAAAAGUGGAACUUCAGCGUCGGUCAACACCAGGUCAACUUGCCCUCAAAUGAACGACCUCCGGAUGGAUAUGAUAGUGAUGAUGAUAAUAGUGAUAAAGAAGGACACAGUAUUCCAGUGUUUUCAAGUUAUUCAGAUGAAUGUUCAGGGGAGGAAAACUACACUGACGACAUCAGUUAUGAAAAUCGUCUGCAGUUACUUGUACCAGAAGGGAGAGUUGUGGCCCUUAGCAAAACUGAUUUCGGCCAAGUAUCUUGGGAACACAAGUUUGAUAGUCCCAUUGCCAAGGCCUGGCUGCUGAGACAUGGCAAACUGAAGGCGAUGAGCUUGUUUGAUGGUCAUCACAUUCCUACCCUCCGUCCGUACAUCCCAGAGGACAUGGACAAUGUGACCAUGGCCCAGCCGUUACUUUACAUUGGAUCACACAAAAAGCUCUUGUAUAUACAAGCAUCACCACAGCUAGAAACUAUUUUAAAAGCCUUCACCAAUCGCAGAAUAGGGCAUUACAUGGAGCCAAAGGUCAAGGUAUCGUGGCGACCUUAUCCAAAUACUGAUACUGGUUACUUCCUGUACCCUGAAAUUGAUAGUCAGUUAAUACAGGAGAGCAAUGCGAUGCUUGUGGAGAACCCCCAGAAGACUGCAGAUAUUUGGCUGCCAGUAUCAGUAUGGGUUUAUUGGAAAGAAGUGGCAGUUUUUAGUGUGACACUGUCGAUUCUUGUGCAUUUCCUGCUAUCAAAGUUUCAGCAUGCUAACAGCUCGGCCAGCACAUGCUCAUUGGAAGCACCAGAUAGCGACAGCAGUAAAAAUAGUACCAGCAGUCAUGUGAUGAUAGUCUCGGACAGCACAUCUCUUUUGGCAGAUAAGAAUUCCAGUUCAGGAGAUUACGUGUCCAGGUUUGCCUCAGAUUUUGACUGCCUUCAUUGCUUAGGAAAGGGUGGGUUUGGAAUUGUGUUUGAGGCAGUUAACAGAGUAGAUGAUCAGCACUAUGCAGUGAAGAGAACUGUGCUCCCAAGAAGUGAAGGGGCGAAAGAAAAAGUGCUGAGAGAAGUCAGGGCUUUAGCAAAGCUGGAGCACAUAGGCAUUGUUCGAUACUUUAAUGCUUGGGUGGAGUCUCCACCAGCAGGUUGGCAAGAGGAGAGAGAUAAACUGUUCCAUUUCAGUGACCUGUCAGGACCUACAUCAUUCAGCACCUACCCUGAACACCGCCAGUCAACAGAGAAACAACCUCAACAUACCAAAGCUGUAAAAACGCAUGGCAAGAGAGUUAAUAUUGGUGCCCAACAUAUACUGUCUACUGACAGAGCAAACAAUCUGCUGGAUACAGAUUCUAUAAUAUUCUCUUCUCAAACAGCUGCUAGUAAUUCCUCAUUAAAACAUUCUGGGAGUGGAGAAUUCUCAGUCCAUCCAGACCUCAGUGCAGGCUCAGUAGUUUCAAGUGACGGUGAUUCUACAGACAUUAAAAGUUAUUUAUUUUCAUUAGACUCUCACCCUUUAAUCAACAACGGAGAUUUUGACACUGGCAGUAUAAAUGACAGCAGAUCAAGCAUCCCCUUUUCAAACUACACCUCUAGUUCCUCUGGGAUGCAGUCACAUAAGACUGACCAUUCACAUCGGAGGCUGUCAGGGGACAGUGUUGUUUUUGACAGUACAGGCAACAGGCCAUCUCAUAACAUCAAUGCAUUAGCAGAAACCAUAAAUUCUACUGAUGACAGCAUUGUAUUUGAGUAUUCAAGAGCCUCAAAAAACUCGAUAGAAGAAUCUAAGCAGGGACUUAGCUCGAACAAUUGUGAUCAUCACACUGUUGAUAUUUCCUUAUUGUCACACGAAAGUGAGCAUGAUAAAAACAAAGAGGACAAGCAGAAACAACAACAGGUGGCUCUACCAGGCAACAAAUUAUUCCUGUAUAUUCAGAUGCAGCUGUACUGCAAAGAAACAUUAAAAGAAUGGCUGAAUAACAACACUCUGAAUAGAGAUCGUCACACUGUUCUGGAUAUUUUCGAUCAGAUUGUUUGUGCUGUGGACUAUGUUCAUAGCCAGGGGCUCAUGCAUCGAGAUCUGAAGCCAUCAAACAUCUUCUUCACUGCUGAUGGAAUAGUCAAAGUGGGAGACUUUGGCCUAGCAACAGAAUUUAUUACUCAGCAAGAUGAGGAAUCAGAGCCAGUCUACAGCCCAGUGGGCAAGCACACAGCAGAAGUGGGCACCACACUGUACAUGAGUCCUGAACAAAUUGCCAGAAAGCCUUAUGAUCUAAAGGUUGACAUCUUUUCUCUUGGCCUGAUCUUUUUGGAGCUUUGGGUACCAUUUUCUACCGACAUGGAGAGAAUUAGAACAUUGCAGGAUGCCAAAGCUCACAUCUUACCACCAAGAUUUAGGAUAGAGUUACCUGGAGAA